CGUAAUCGUAAAAUUCGUAAAUAGUUUUGAACGUCUAGCUAGCGGACGUAACGUAGACAAAUAAAAUAUAGAAAAUUAUUGUAAAUGUUUAUUUAUUCCAUCGUCGUAAUCAAAUAGCUAUCGAAAUGUUUUCCAGUGGAUGUGUGUUAACAAUAUUGGUGCUUUAUUCAUGCUUUGAUUUUGCACAUCUAAGAAAAUCGGGCUUGGAGAACAACACAGAUCAUCAUUGGGACGUGCUAAUUUUCACUCAACGGUGGCCAACAACUGCGUGUGACGAAUGGAAAGAAAAGAGUCCUUCACAUAAAUGUACAUUGCCAAGCGUUCCGAAUUCAUUUUCUAUCCAUGGGGUUUGGCCGACAAAAUACAAUACUUUGGGACCCUUUUUCUGCAAUCGCUCUGCACAUUUCGAUCCUGAGGCAGUUAAACCCAUUGAAACUGAACUAACAGAUGUGUGGACCAAUAUUGAAUAUGGCACAUCUACAUACUCCCUAUGGGCUCAUGAAUGGACCAAGCAUGGUACCUGUGCUGCCGAGGUCCUCGAGAACUUCAAUACGGAACUUAAAUACUUCACCAGGGGCCUGGAAUUCUACAAAACCUACAAUUUAACGAACAUACUCAGUGAGGCAGACAUUGUACCAUCGGUGAACAAGGGUUAUGAUGUAGUUGAUAUAGUUAAUGCAAUUAGGGUUCACCUUGGUGUGAAUCCAGUAGUUGAAUGUAGAAAAGAGAAAGGUAUAAGCAGCUUAUUUGAAAUACGUAUUUGUUUCAAUAAGGAAUUGAAGAUUGUUGACUGUGAUGGUGUGGUACAUGGAACGAGUGACAAUGUACUCACAAACUGCGACCGAACCCAGAAAGUCUUAUUUUUGCCAUACAGUACCACCUCUGGUCUUGUACAGUGGUAUAAACUGAUAACUUGGUUGCAAUGGUUCACUCUAUAAUUUGGUUUUUAAUUUGGAGAUGUUCAGUUUGCACAGUAAACAGUAGUUUGGAGUUUGCCUCACACAGCUAAAUUGUGGAAUGAACUGUCACUUGCAGUAUUUAUGGACCAAUACAACCUUCAAGAAAAGAGCAUACUCCCAUCUUAAAGGUUGAAAAUGCACUUACAACCUCUGGUGUUGCGGGUGUCCAUGGGCAAAGGUAAUCACUUACCAUCAGGCAAUGUCUGCUUGGUUGCCUCAUAUAUCAUAAAAAAGUUGUAGAUUCAGGGACUCUGAAACUGGAAGGCUGUGCAGUGCCAGGCACCUGGCAUGGGAGUCAAGCAGGGCUUACAGUUCCUUCCUCAUAGUUUUGUGUGCGAACUGUACAUUUGUUUCAUUAUAAAUACAAAUAUUUAUCACUUUCUAAAUCCAAGGCAUCAUAUAAACUGAAUCAUUAUAUUUUUUCAUGCAAAGUAUGAUAAUAUGUGACGUUCCAGUCGUUCCACGUAAAAAAGUACCUUAUGGCGGCCAGCGCUUACAUCGCAUAGCACCGCAAUAAUAUUGGAGCGGCGUUUAUAAUAGGCAUAAUAGCGUAAGCGUUAACCGCCAUAAGGUAUCUUUACCCGUGGGACGUCACAUAUUUCAGUUUAUGUUAAGUUUGAUGUUAAUUAAAUGUCAAAAGAUUAAAUGUCGGAAGGUUAACAACAAUAUGAUAAAUGCUGUUAUUUAUUUAUUAUUUAUGUAAAUUUGAUGUAAGUAGGUAACAUCAAUUUGUUGUUUUUUGACAAACAUCUUGAACUAUAAUUAAUAGCAUAGAGCUAUUUUUAGCUACAAAGAUAGAUAAUUGCACCUAUAAUUGCCAACUAACACAUCUUAACUAGGUAUGUAAUCAAUUCAAACAAAAUGUUUUCAGUCAUUGUAAAUUAGACGACAUAUUUAAUUUAUUGCUGCACAAGGCACAUUUUUGCAGAAAAAUUUACAUAUAAUUAAUAGCAAACAUUUUAUGUUCUUACUGAAGCUGAUAAACUGACUAUUCUUUAGUUUUUUUAUAUGAAUUGCUACAUUAUAAGUAUUUUAACUAAGUAGUAUGUAAGAAUACUAGUCUGUUAAUAGAUUGUAUGGUUUUUCUGCUUCUUGCCUCUCUUACCUGCAGGUAACAUACUCCGGUGUUUAUCAAUUUAAACAACUUUCUGUAACAGAUAUAUGCAAUAUCUACAUACGUAUUCAUAUUAAACCUUGUAUUAAACAUAAAGUGUAUUCGGAUAAAUUCGAAUACUUCAGAUUGUGAGGUUAUUCCGAAAAUAGGCUCUAAUGUGAUGAAAUUAUGGGUGAUUUUAGGAAUUACCCGAUAUUUUGAAGUAUUCGGCUUUACCCAAAUACACCUUAAUACAUUCACGUUAACUUUUGCUUUUAAAAUUAUGUAUUUGUUUUAUCUGGGUCUCUCCAAAUGGGCCAAUACGUAUAUUUUUUAAUUUUCUUCAGUUGUAAAAUCAAUUAACAUAAAUUAUUUAUUUCUAGUCUAAAAAGUUUGCAUUUUUAGAACACACGACACUAGAGCUCCUAGUGAGUAUUAUAUUAUUUGCUAGAGCGGUUCUUAACUUUUUCAAUAUUGUAACUGAUUUUACCCUAAAUUCCACACCACUUUAUCAACCCCCGCGGGGGUAAUUACACGCACAGCAGCAGAUUUUUGGUUAUCAAGGUCAAAUCACUUUGCUAGUCUCAUUGAAAUGAACACUGAAAUUAUUGUAAUAAUUCAAUGACUCUUGUCUAUUUUUAUUAAUAAAUAUGAUGUAAUAAUGAAUUUUAAAAUGUGUUGUUUUAUUUAUGAGCAGCGGCUAGUAAAUAUAGAACCUACAUUCAAUUGCAUAAAUAUCUAUUUAACGAUUUCUUCCACUUCCUUCAAUUGUUUAGGAUGUUAGGCGCGAAAAAUUGUAACAUAUGUAAGUCGAUAUCAGAUCUAUUGGAGUGGCUAAGGCGCUCUCAAAUAUCUGAACUCGACUCUAUCGUCAGGGUGUUAGAGUGCUUCUUCAGAUAUUGUGAACACCUUGGCCGCUCCGAUGUAUCUAAUGGCGACUUUACCUACCUUCACGCGCUGCAAUUGUUGAGCCAUUUAGAGUCCCAGCUAAAUUGGCUGUUCAAUACUUAAUAAUGUCCAAUUUAGCUAGAACCUUAUAGUUCGUUUUUUUAGCAUUAGAAAUAAGGUAAACAAUCUUGAUGUGUCUUUUAAUUGAAAAACACAUUUUAAAAAUAAGUUACGGCAAAUGUGUAACAAUUAUGAAUCUAAUACGAUCAUUUAUACUCUUCUGCUUUCAUAGUUAUUAACAGUUUUUGAUUGUUAAAAAGCGUUUUCAAUUAAAAAUACAUGUCAAGAUCGCUUACCUUCUUGCAAGUUCUUUCUAAUGCUAAAAAAAAACGAACUAUAAUGGCAUAAGAAUCACGGAGCGUGACUGUACCUACGAGUAUACGUAUCCCCGAAGCUCUGUUAUCGCAAUCCUGCAGUCAUAAAAGGCACGAGGACCUAACAUUCCUAAGUUAUAGCCUACAUACAUAAAUACUCAAGUUUAUGUGUUUAGCAGACAAUAUUUAUUAUUAACAAACCAUUCAACUGCAAACAAUCUGUUAUUUUAAUGCUUAAGGUUAACACAACUUUGUUGUCGGCAUUUAAAUUAUUUUGUUACAAUAAAAUACAUUGAUUAAGAUGAGAAACAAGACACUUUAUUUACUAGUAAUAGUAAACCACCAUUAUCUUAGUUCAUACAAUCCCGAAUCAAUACAAAUGCUUUUAUAAAU